UCAUCUCACCCCUCAAACGUGAAAUCUCACAUUCAAAAUCCAACCACAAUAUCACAUGGAAAUCGGUGGUCCAAUCCCAUUUCUUACCCAAGAAGACUACUCUCACUUCUACCACCUCUUCCAAGACAUGGACUCCAACAACAACAACAACAAUCAAAACAACAAAGGUGGUGGAGAAGGAGAACAAGGAGGAGGAGACAAAGAAAAACCAAAAAAUGCUACUAGCAACUUGAAGGAUAUCAUUACUUCCCUCAUUCUACUAGAAGAGGAAGAAAACCAAGACCAACUGAACCGGGCGGUCGACUCAGACCAACACCGAGCCACAUUCGACGCAAAUUUCAACCACCAAACCCAAGCCAUGAACGAUUACAUGACCCAAUCACAAGCCCAUUACGCCCAGCUGGACGAGCUCGAUCAUUCUAGAGCCAAGCGGGCUCGUCGCUCUACCGCUGCUGUGGCCGCCGCCGCAGCGGCGGCCAUUCCCGAAGAUUCCAGUUCCCUCCAGCCCGGUUCGACCAGUCCAGUUCAAGUCCAGCAGCAACAGCAGCAGCAUCACAGGAGGCUGUGGGUGAAGGACCGGUCCAAGGACUGGUGGGAGCGGUGCAGCCGGGGGGAGUUUCCAGAAGAGGAUUUCCGGCGGUGGUUUCGGAUGAGCAGAGCAACAUUCGACAUGAUCUGCAACGAGCUUGACUCAGCUGUGACGAAGAAGAACACCAUGCUCCGCGACGCCAUCCCGGUCCAGCAACGUGUGGCCGUAUGCAUAUGGCGGCUCGCCACCGGCGACCCGCUCCGGUUGGUGUCGAAGAGAUUCGGGCUAGGCAUCUCCACGUGCCAUAAACUGGUGCUUGAAGUCUGCGCCGCCAUAAAAACCGUUCUGAUGCCGAAGUUUCUCCACUGGCCUGAUGAGGAAACCAUGAAGAGGAUCAAGCGUGAGUUUGAAGGAAUCUCCGGCACUCCGGGGAUUCCGAAUGUUGGCGGCGCAAUGUACACCACCCACAUUCCCAUCAUUGCUCCUAAGGCGAGCGUGGGCACUUAUUUCAACAAGAGGCACACAGAGAGAAACCAAAAAACCAGCUACUCAAUCACGGUCCAGGGUGUGGUGGAUGCUAAAGGUGUUUUCAGAGACGUGUGCAUUGGGUAUCCAGGUUCAUAUCCCGAUGAUCAGGUUCUCGAGAAUAGCGCUUUAUACGAGAGAGCUACCCGGGGGAGCUUAAAGGGUGUUUGGAUUGUUGGCAAUUCCGGACACCCUCUCAUGGAUGGGGUUCUGGUGCCAUACACUCACCAGAACCUUACAUGGACACAACACGCGUUCAAUGAAAAAGUUGCGGACAUUCAAAUGGUCGCGAAGGAGGCUUUUGCCAGGUUGAAAGGUAGGUGGGCUUGUUUGCAGAAGAGAACAGAGGUCAAGCUCCAAGAUUUGCCGGUGCUACUUGGAGCUUGCUGUGUUCUCCAUAAUAUAUGUGAGAUGAGGAGCGAAAAGAUGGAUCCGGAAUGGAAGUUUGACCUUUUUGACGAUGAGAUGGUGGCCGAGAAAAGCGUGCGCUCUAACGUAGCCGCGCAGGCUAGAGAUCAAAUAGCUCACUAUUUGUUGCACCAUGGCCGUGCUGGCACUGGUUUUUUGUAGCUCUUGCUCUAUUUGCUUGUUAAUGUUAUAGUCACUCAAUAGAGAAUAUAAGAUGUUUUGAUAUUGGUCAAAUUAAAAUGCAUAAGAAAAGGACAACAUGUGUAAUAUAAUGUAAUCAACUAACUAUAAAUUGUACAUAGAGAGAUUUUUGGUUGAA